AUGCCCCCCUACCCUGAGCCACAGGCUGAUUCCUCUCCCCUACGACUUCACCAUCAUUAUUUUUAUAUCAUCAUCUGGGCUCUGGUGGCUUCAAUCAUUCUUUACAUUCCAGGGGGUCUAAGUUUUGUCGAUGCCUUGCUUCUCGCCUCCGGUGCCGCUACCCAAACUGGGCUCAAUCCCAUCGACCUGAAAGAUCUGCAUAUAUCGCAACAGAUAACGCUAUGGCUGGUCCCUAUGGUGACCAACGUAGUGUUCCUUCAUACAUUACUUGUUUUGAUCAGGAUUUACUGGUUUCGGAAACGCUUCAAAAGUGCCAUCCGUGAGGCCAAAGCAGUAUGUCACAGUCAGCGACAGCGAAUGAACCAGGCACUCGACUAUGAAGCCCGAAGGCCGAUAGGCUUGAACAGAACUAUUACGGAUACGACAGAUACGACUACUACUGCAUUUGACUCUUCAGAUAGGGACGACGAAGAGCAACCCCUACUCGGAAGUACGGACGACGAGAUCUCCCCUGGAGCAUCUCCCAGGACACAAGUCGGGGAUCAGUCUCCCGUCGGUUACCAAACUUUCAAGCCAGCUGCCAUAGGCCCUUCUAGUCCACGUAUCACAUUUUAUGAAUCUGACAGGGACCUUGAAGCAAGACAGAAGCGACGAUCCUCGUUUUCCCGUCGUCGCUCGUUUUCUGAGGCUGUCAAUGAGGCUUUCCCACGGACAGACAGCCCUAACACGCCUGUUUUGCCGUCGUUGAUGUGGCAGCAUUCGAUUGCGAGCUAUUCCGACUGGGAUGAGGAUCAGAAGGAAGAGCUAGGAGGGAUCGAAUACAGGGCGUUGAAAACAUUGAUGGUCAUCUUGGUCGGGUACUUUCUGGCUUUCCAUCUACUCGGCAUUAUCCUGUUUAUUCCGUGGAUUAUGACGGACUCCAAGUAUGGAGGGAUGGUCAAGGACAUGGGCUUGAACAGACCGUGGUGGGCAGUAUUUACUGCUGGUUCAGCUUUUCAUGAUCUAGGGUAUACUUUGAGCCCCGACUCCAUGGCUUCGUUCCGAAACGCCGCAUUUCCACUAUUAGUGAUGACCUUUUUGGUGGUUAUCGGGAACACAGGCUUUCCGUGCAUGCUGCGCUUGAUCAUCUGGUUGAUAUCCAAAUUUACAACGUACGGGUCUCCGUUAGACGAAGAGUUACAUUAUUUGCUCGAACAUCCCCGACGAUGCUUUACGAUGCUCUUUCCUGGAUCAGAGACGUGGAGACUAGCAGGUGUCCUCCUCCUGCUCAACGCUCUGGACCUUUUUGUUUUCUACACACUUCAAGAGAACCCACAAAGCAAUCCCUUCUCACCCGGUCUCCGUCUCGUAGACGGGCUAUUCCAAAUCGCCUCCACCCGAACCGCCGGCUUCUCAAUCACCUCUCUCGGGACACUCCACCCCGCAGUCCAAGUCUCCUUCGUAGUAAUGAUGUACAUCUCGGCGUUCCCAAUCGCAAUCGCCAUCCGCAAAACUAACGUCUACGAAGAAAAAAGCCUCGGCAUCUACGACGACGAAGACAAGCCCAACCCCCACGGCCUGGCCGCCCACAUCCAGCGCCAACUCGGCUUUGACCUGUGGUACGUAAUGCUCGGGUUCUUCCUCAUCUCCGUCACAGAGGGCAAGCGGAUCCAACAAACCCACGGCCGCGACUUCGCGUUCUCUCUUUUCCCCCUUCUGUUCGAGAUUGUCUCCGCGUAUGGAACGGUGGGGCUCUCGUUGGGCUAUCCAAAGACGGAGACGAGUCUCAGUGCGCAGUUUAACCCGAUGUCGAAGUUGAUCAUUAUUGCUAUGCAGGUGCGGGGGAGGCAUCGUGGUUUGCCGCAUGCGUUGGAUCAUGCUAUUUUGUUGCCGUGUGAUGUGCAUCAGGAUCAGCAUGGGGAGUGGUGGUGGAAGCGGUGGUUGAAGCGGAAGAGUUCGAAUAUUAGCAAUUUCUUUUCGCAUGGGGAUGCUAAUGAGGAUAUUGAGCGGCUUGCUUUGUGA